AAACUGGGGCAAAGAGCCAAUGACGGGCCGCGCGCCGCACGCUUCAAUGUGCGCAGGCGCGAGGUUCCGCCUCCAACAAACAAGAAGCAGGAGCCCAGCCAAGAUGGCCGACCUGGGGAAAAAGUACUGCGUUAACUGCCUCGCCGAUGUCACCAACCUGCGGCUCCGGUGCACCGAGUGCACCGAUAUCGACCUGUGCCCGGAGUGCUUCUCGGCGGGAGCAGAGAUCGGUAACCACCGGAGGUGGCACGGCUACCAGCAGGUCGACGGCGGGCGCUUUUCGAUCUGGGGUCCCGAAGCGGAGGGAGGAUGGACCAGCAGGGAAGAGCAGUCGCUGCUCGAUGCCAUCGAGCAGUACGGCUUCGGAAACUGGGAGGACAUGGCCGCUCACGUGGGGGCGUCCCGCAGUCCUCAGGAGGUCAUGGAGCACUACGUCACCAUGUACAUCCACGGAAACCUGGGCAAGGCGUGCAUCCCCGACAGCAUCCCCAACCGCGUGACCGACCACACCUGUCCGAGCGGCGGCCCCCUGUCCCCCAGCCUCACCACCCCGCUGCCCCCCCUGGACAUCAGCCUGGCCGAGCAGCAGCAGCUGGGCUACAUGCCGCUGCGAGACGACUACGAAAUCGAGUACGACCAGGACGCGGAGAAGCUCAUCAGCGGGCUGUCCGUCAACUACGACGACGAAGACGUGGAGAUCGAGCUGAAGCGCGCGCACGUGGACAUGUACGUGCGCAAGCUCCGAGAGCGGCAGCGGCGGAAGAACAUCGCUCGGGACUACAACCUGGUGCCCGUCUUCCUGGGCAGAGACAAGAAGGACAAGGAGAAGCCCGGAGGGCUGGGGCUCUCUGGAGGCUCGGGUUCUGUGGGCGGAGCUGGGGUGGGCGGAGCGGUGGGGGUGGGCUCUGCGACAGCGGCAGGAUCCAUUCCCAUCCCGACCACGCCCAAAAGAAAGAUCACCAAGGAGGAGAAGGAGCAGCGGGUGCGGCUGCGCGCUCUGUGCCAGUUCAUGGCCCAUCGGGAAUUCGAGGACUUCUUUGAGAACAUGCACAAAGAGCGUGCGCUCAGGGCCAAGGUGCGCGAGCUGCAGCGCUACCGCCGCAACGGGAUCACGCGCCUGAAAGAGUCGCACGAAUACGACGCAGCGCGCCAAAAGAGGGAGAAACGAAAGGAGAACAAGAGCGUGGUGAACUCCAAACGGGGCAGCUCAGGGGGGGGCGGCCUCGGCUCCGGGAUCGGACUCGGGGGAGGGGGUGUGGGUGGAGUGCUGGGGCUGGGAGGCGGGAUUAAAGAAGAGGGUAAAGAAGGCGAGUUUGCGGCCAUCGAGAACCUGGCCGGCUUCGAGCUGCUGUCGGACAGAGAGAAGAUGCUGUGCAGCUCGCUGAACCUCACGCCCGCCCGAUACCUGACGGUCAAAACCAUCAUCAUCAAAGACCACCUGCAGAAGAGGCAGGGCAUCCCCGCCAAAAGCCGCCUGCCCAGCUACCUGGACAAGGUCCUGAAGAAGCGCAUCCUCACCUUCCUCACAGAGAGCGGCUGGAUCUCCAGAGACGCCUCCUAGCAUCUCGCUCCGCUUCCCUCACAAGCUUGUUGAAAUUACGGGUUUUUGCCUUUUAAAGCUUUUGUUUUUAUAAAUGUGUAAAUGCAAAAAAGAAAAAAAACA